ACAGUAGGUGAUCACGUUACCCCAACAGAUGAGCCCUCUGCCUGCCUUCUAGCCCCUUAAUUGUAGGUGUGUGUGGAGACAGUGUUGAAGGCUUUUCCCUUUAAAUACUUCUACUACUCCCAACCUACCCAGAGAUCAACAAUGACAUAGGAGUUGUGGGCCUUGGGAAGGGCACUUUGCCUUUUUUAGACCCUUACAGCAAGGAAGCCAAAAGGGCAUCAUCUACGACUUAUAUACAUACACCACCAGCGUCCAGGAGGCUACAUGCCAACAAACUGACCAAGGAUGGGGAUGGGGUAAAGCUGAUGUUAGGUGGGGUACUUGGUUUACUUCAUAUUAAUUUCACCGAGAACCUACUACAUAGUCACAGGUGCCACAUUUUCUAUAGCGCUAGUAAACUUAAAAAAAGAAAAAGCUGAGUCUGAAGUUUCAAACAACUGCGGUGCACUCUUCCUAGCCAGCUGAUGUGGCAGCGCCCCUUCCGGAGAAUAAGGCUGUUGGCCUCUGUCCUGUUAGGAGCUAAUGGUGCUUUGUAAUGUAGCCCAAAGAAGCUGGCAGGGAUACUCGGGCUGAGCACAGUUCCUAGUCUUGGAUCUGUGUUGCCCCUGUCCGCGUGUGCCAGAAAAUGCGCUAGGAAUAAAAUUCACUGUGGUGUCCUCUCGGCCACCGUACUGGGGCUUACGGCAGCUCGGAAAGGCCAAAAUCCCGCGCUUUGCUGAUUUCCAUUCUUUCCCCAGAAUGAGGCAAGAUCUAAGAGGUGUAAAAUUGGGUUGGAGGUAGUAGCUUCGGCUGCAGUGAAGGAACUAAAAGACCUCCUUUGGAGGGUGAUGAGUGGACCUACCAUGCAAGAGGAGCAAGGCAGGGGCUGAAGACAUUGAAGGGCGCGCAGUGUCAGGUGGAAGAAAAGCUCGUUCCUCUCCGGUCAUGAGCGGUCUAGUGAGAACAGAGCCGCUGCAUGGGGAGCCACCUCUGCGGGUGCCUGGCGACCCCUACUCCGUUGUGGUUCUACUGCAGGGCUACGCAGAACCCGAAGGGGUUGGUGACACUGUGCGCGCCGAUGGCUCUGUGACCCUUGUCCUGCCCCGGGCCCGGGGCCAGGUCAGCCACCGACAGCCCCCACCCGAGGGCGGCAAGGCGAAGACCACGCUGGAGGAGGCAGCUCGUGGCCCCAUCCUCGUCGACACUGGAGGCCCCUGGUCUCGGGAGGCGCUCCUCGGGGCCCUGGCAGGGCAGGGCGUGGCCCCCGCAGACGUGACUUUGGUGGUGGGGACCCACGGACACUCGGAUCAUAUCGGGAACCUGGGGCUGUUUCCAGGAGCAGCUCUGUUGGUCUCGCACGACUUCUGCCUUCCCGGGGGCCGCUACCUCCCCCACGGGCUAAGUGAGGAACAGCCUCUAAGGCUGGGGCCAGGACUCGAGGUGUGGGCCACGCCAGGCCAUGGGGGCCAGCGGGACGUGAGCGUGGUGGUGGCGGGCACGACUCUGGGCACCGUAGCGGUGGUGGGCGAUGUGUUUGAACGCGAUGGGGAUGGGGACUCGUGGCAGGCCCUGAGUGAAGACCCAGUGGCUCAGGAGCGGAGCCGGAAGAGAAUCCUAGGCACUGCCGACGUGGUCGUGCCUGGUCACGGAGCCCCCUUCAGGGUGGUCAGGGAAGCCUGGAACCCAGAAACAAAGGGUCCAGGGAACAGCUGGCAGGGUCCCAUGGUCGGAAAUGAGGAUCCCACAAUGCAGGGAUAAGCUCUGGGAGAGACUGGGCCCUCCAACUCCCCAGCCAAAGAACUCACGUCUAGGAUAUGGAGGACCCUAGUCAGCCAGAGCCGGGAGGCUGGUUUUCCAGCGAGGAUAGGGUGCUCUCACCAAUAUCACUUUUUGCGAACUAGUACCAAGGACUGGAUCAAAAUGCGUGCCACCUCUGGGGGCUUCAUUAAUAAAAUGGGAGAGUGUUCUUGGAAGAGUUGUCCCAAAUAAAAAUAGGAAACUACA